AUGGGGUCUCCAUCUUCACAUUCCCAAAUGAGCGAAGAGGGAGAGAAACAUGAUUCUGAUGUGAGACAAUUAUACGUGAACACAUUGCUAGGGAAGUGGAGAGAAGUAGUGAAGUUAUACGAAACAAAACCAGAGGUGUGGAGCGCAGAGAUCACGAGCUCAGGAGACACAGCUCUGCACCUGAUCAUCGACGAAGACAAAGAAGACGUUCUGGAGAAGCUGCUGGAAAUCAUCCUGAAAGCCGACGACGGACAUCAUCUGAGAAAAGUGGAGGCUCUGACGAAGGCUAAUGAGGUAGGGGACACGCCUCUGCAUCGCGCGGCCGCGAUAGGGUCCGUGAAAAUGUGCAAGUCCAUCGUGAUGGCAGCAACUGAACUGCGCUUGGAUGGAUUGCUCCAAGUUCGCAACAUAUGGGGCGAGAACCCUAUCUUCAUGGCUGUUCUCGACAACCGUAAACAUGCCUUCAUCUACCUCCUCGUAGAUUCUGAUAUCGUAGAGGAUAAGGUGCUUAUAUCUCCCCUCAAUGGAGAUACUGUACUUCACUGCGCCAUUCUGAGAGAGCAUUAUGGUAUAAGGGUAGAUCCGCUGGAAUAUGAUGAUUCGGUGCCGACAAGAACAGUUCCGACCAGAAGCUCGAAUUUGGAGUAUCCACCAGACAACUACCAGACAUGUUAUCAGUUCCUUUCAAUUUUGCGACGUGGUGGUACUUAG